GUCGUCAUCCAUCGUUUUUUUAUUUAUCAUCAGUCGGUCUACGUUGUAAAUAAAUGUUCCGAGUGAUUUUAUUUGAACAAAAUUUAUUUCAAAUUUUAUAGACAAGAUCCAUUUAUCGGCGGCGAUUACUUGAAAAUAAUGUCUGCAAUUAAUACGGCUAGUGAGUUUCAGGCGGUAGUGUUUGCUGCUGGAAAGGGAAGCCGAUUUCCCGAAAUUCUUGAAGGACGACCAAAAUGUUUACUUCCCGUUGGAUCUUAUCCUUUGAUUUGGUAUCCGCUGAAAAUGCUACAGAGACACGGAUUUCAGGAUGUAAUUAUUAUCGUACUCGAGCACGAGAAAUCUGAGAUUCAACAAAAGCUUGAGAAACACCCUCUCAAGCUGAAAAUCGAAUUCUUCUGCCUUUCCGGUGAUUCUGAUGUGGGCACAGCAGAUGCGUUGCGCCAAAUCUCUGACAGGAUCAAAACAGACGUAGUACUAGUGUCGUGUGAUACCCUGGUGGAGUUCAGCUUGUAUCCUGCUUUCAAGCAAUUCCGCGAGCACAAUGCUUCCGUCGUCGGAUUGCUCGUUCAAAGCGAAAUGAACAAUGUGGUUGUGCCGGGUCCAAAGAUGAAAUACAAAAUUGAACAAGACCUGUUUGGGAUUUGUCCCGAAUCCAGCCGACUAGUGUUCAUGGGUUCGGUGAGCGACUUUGAAAAUGAUUUCCAAAUACCCGGGCACCUAUUGCGCCAAAAUGGAAAAAUUGAUAUCCGCAGCGGUCUGCUGGAUGCUCAUGUGUACAUUGUCAAGAAAUGGGUCAUAGAAUAUCUGGAAUCUAAUGCUGGCUUUUCCACGCUGAAAGGAGAACUACUUCCGUUCAUUGUUAAGAAACAACUAAGUGCAUUGUCCACCCCUCAAACGCAUCCACAAAUAUAUGAUGUGAACGAAGACGCUAAGGGUAAACACAUUUUAGAGUACGCACCAACUAGCCCUCUCGACACAAAAAUUCAUGAUUCGUCAAUUUUCAACACAGUAGCAUCUACUCUGAACGAUACAAUUCGAUGCUACGCAGUAAUCGCACCUGCUAAUACAUUCGGAAUAAGAGUUAAUACGCUACCUUCAUUCUGCUACGCCAAUCAGCAGAUAUACAAGGUAUUCCAAACUCUUACGGAUCUUCCUGUAACUGCCCUUAUCGCAUCCAGUAGUGCUAUAAAAUCGACUCAAAUAGCAUCAACUGCGGUAGGAGAUCAAACUGUUGUUUCCGAGAAAACGUCGAUCAAUUCAUCGAUUAUUGGCGCGAACUGCGUGAUCAAUCCGAAGGUGCGAUUGACGAACUGUACACUUAUGGACCAUGUAAUCAUCGAAGAAAGCGUGACCAUGGAAAACUGCAUCGUUUGCGAAAAAUCUGUCAUUAAAUCCGGUUCUAGUCUGCGUAAUAGUUUGAUUGGUUCCAAUUACAUCGUGUCUGCUAAUACUAAGAAAGAUAACGUACACUUGUCGAACAGUACUGGAUUUAUGGAAAUUUAGUGAUAGCAAAACGGAUCUAAUAAAACGAUUGAAAUGUUUUUUUUUAUUAUAACUUUUUUAUUCAUUUCUACAUCGAAAACAUAAAAUAACGGCAAAUCAGUGCAAUGCCGCAGGAUAUGAACGCAAAAAAUAAAAAGACAGCAUAGGAGUGA